ACCAUAUCGCCUCUACAUAAAUAAAACCCUUUACAGAAUUCACCUCUCUCUCUCUCUAUCUAUCUCUCUCCUGUUUCUGUAUAUCUUCCCUUGAGCUGUAAUUGUCAGGAAAAGAAAUCAUAUAUGGUCGGAGAUCAGUCCAGUCUUCUACCCAACUCCGGCGACGCCGCCGGAACCCAUGAGGCCAGCAGUGAAGUUGGCGGCCAGGAAGAUAACACCAAUCAAGGCGGUGACCGGGGAUUUGGCGGUAACCGAUGGCCUCGUCAAGAAACCUUGGCGUUAUUGAAGAUACGGUCUGACAUGGACGCGACCUUCCGUGACUCAAGCCUUAAAGGUCCACUGUGGGAAGAGGUUUCCAGGUCUGUCUGUUCAAUUAAUUUCAUCUUCUUCUUCUUUCUUUUUUUUUUUUGUGAUUUUCAUGGAAGUGGAAAUUCAAGCUUGGUAGCUCAAGUUUCUCUAAACCCUUAUCCUGUUAGUACUUUUGUGAAUGUGUCAUCGAAUCUUUUCUCGAGCUCAACUUCAUCCUCGACGGCGUCGGACGAAGAGUUCGAAGAGCGGUCGAGUAAUCGGAGGAAGAGGAAAUGGAAGGAGUUCUUCAAGAGGUUGACGAAGGAGGUGAUCCACAAACAGGAGGAUUUGCAGAAGAAGUUCUUGGACGCGCUGGAGAAGCGGGAGCACGAAAGAAUGGCGCGCGAGGAAGCUUGGAGGAUCCAAGAAAUGGCGAGAAUCAACAGAGAACAUGAAAUUCUCGUUAAAGAAAGAUCCACCGCAGCCGCCAAAGACGCCGCCGUCAUUUCUUUCUUGCAGAAGAUAUCCUCCCAGCAAAUCCCGGUUCAAGUACCUGGAAACCCGAAUCCGAAUCCGAACCCAUCUGCAUUACCUCCACCACAGCCACCGCCACCAAUUCAAGAACACCUUCGUCACCAGCAGCAACAGCAUUAUCAUCUUCAACAGGUGCCAUUAGCUCCGGUGACAAAUAUGGAAAUAGUUCCGAGAUUGGACAACGGAGAUAACAACAUUAGCGUAAUUAAUGUAGCAGUACCAAGCCCUUCCCGAUGGCCUAAAGCGGAAGUUCAAGCUCUGAUCAAGCUUCGAACCAGUCUCGACACUAAGUACCAAGAAAACGGGCCGAAAGGGCCGUUGUGGGAAGAAAUCUCGGCCGGAAUGAAACGUCUCGGAUAUAAUCGAAGCUCCAAGAGAUGCAAAGAGAAAUGGGAGAACAUCAACAAGUACUUCAAGAAAGUGAAAGAGAGUAACAAGAAACGCCCAGAGGAUUCCAAAACAUGCCCUUACUUUCACCAACUCGAUGCUCUGUACAGAGAGAAGAACGGUAAUAAUAUUAACAAGAAUGAAACGGCGCCGGCGGGGAACAUUACUUCCGUUAAUUAUAACAACAAUAAUGGAAAUAAUAUCCCGGCGGCGGCGCCAUUGAUGGUGCAUCCGGAGCAGCAAUGGCCUCUGCAAAUGCAACAUCAACAGGUGCAGCCGCAGUCAAUGGAGGAUCUGGAGAGGGAAAGUGCUGAGCAUGAGGAGGAAGACGAAGAAGUGGGGAGUGAAGAGGAAGGAGAUGAUGACGAAGAAGGAGGCGGAUUCGAGCUGGUUGCAAAUAAAUCUUCUUCUGUGACAUCAAUGGCCGCUGGAGAAUGAGACAAGAUAGAAAGCUCCUAAACGAAAGUUGACGUGAGAAAGAGCAAAGCAAAACAGCCAGUACAAGGAAAAAAAUGUUUUAUUCUUUUUUUUUAAAAAAAAAAUUAAUUUUAUUUAAUUUCUUAAAUUAUUGUGAGUAAUUAAAAGGUAUACAGAAGGGUAAAAUUCUAAAAUGGUAAAUUAAUAUUUUUCAUCA